AGCUCGCCUCAGCCGCUACUCCACCUACUCCUACAGUGCUGUUCUUCUACUUCUACUUCUAGAAUGACUCCCUUGGUUUUGAUUUAUGUGACUCCUAGGCUCACGUAAUUAUUGACAGUGACAAAUUUUGAAUUCUUCGAAUCAGCUUACAAAAAUUCACAUUAAACAAUUUCAAAUACUCGAUUCAAUUUAAAAUGAAUCGAACUAGCAAAUUGUUCUGGCCAGUCAUAGUGACACCUAAAGAUGCUGUUGUGAAAUCCUCUGAAAUCACAUCACGAAGUCAAAAGUUAAUGCUGGAAUUGGGUCUCAUCAAAUCAUCGAAUAAUGGAACAUUUCAAAUAUUACCCUUGGCUCAGAAAGCCCUCGACAAAUGUAUUGCUUUGGUCAACAAGCACAUGAAUUCAAUUGAAGCUCAGAAGAUCUCACUGCCUGUUUUAACUUCAAGUGGUCUUUGGAAGAAAACGGGGCGACUUGAUCAGGGUGUAGGAGAAUUCUAUCUCGUUAAGGAUAGACAUGGCAAAGAGCACUUACUAAGUCCGACUCACGAAGAAGCUGUAACAUCAAUGCUUGCUAGUGCAGCCCCAAUCUCCUACAAACAGUUGCCACUACGUUUGUAUCAGAUUGGUCCAAAAUUUCGAGAUGAAUUGAAGACCCGCUUCGGACUUUUGCGAGCUAAAGAAUUUAUCAUGAAAGAUUUAUACACAUUUGAUAGAAAUAUCGAAGAAGCUCAGAAAACCUAUGAACAAGUCAGCGAGGCAUAUUUAUCAUUCUUCAAGAAAUUGGAUGUUCCUUUUGUCAAAGUCGUUGCCAGCACUGGUAUCAUGGGCGGAAGUGUCUCACACGAAUAUCAUUUUGUUUCGCGGACAGGAGAGGACCGAAUUUUCCAGUGCGAGGCUUGCCAUUAUUCGUCAAAUGAAGAGGUCUCUGGGGAGAUACGAAAAUGCCCAAAAUGUCAGUCAUCGAUAGAAGAAGCACGAGGAAUAGAGAUUGGCCACACAUUCCUCCUGCAGGACAAGUACUCUAAGCCACUUGGUGCCACCUUCCUACAGGCCAAUGGAAAACCUCAAAACUUAUCUAUGGGGUGCUAUGGCAUCGGUAUAAGUAGGCUCCUAGCAGCAUCCUUAGAAGUGAAAUCGUCAGAAAAUGAACUCAAAUGGCCAAAGCUUCUUGCACCGUUUGACGUUUGCAUAAUCUCUGCUAAGGAAGGAAGCAAAGAGCAAAAUGCAUCUUUUAAAUACGAGGAAGAACUCUACAACAACAUAACAAAGAUUUGUGACCCUGACGAUAUCAUCCUGGAUGACAGAAGACAUCUGACGAUCGGCAAACGACUAAUGGAAUCGAAGAGAAUGGGCUAUCCACUCAUCGUUGUGAUAGGCUCAAAGGUUAUGCAGAACCCUCCACUUAUCGAGCUAUAUAUUGAUGGAAUCGGCAGAGACGUAGAAACUCCUGAGCUCCUGCGAGAGAUAAACGCCUAUGUGAUGUCAAAAACACAGCUCAUGAAUGAAGAACAUAGAGAUAAUAGUUUUGAUCGUAUUUUAUCUUAUAAGCAAUAAACAAUAAAUGUAAAAAAUGGA